AUGAUAUUCAUUAUCGGAACGAUUUUACCAAUCAAAGGAUUAACAACAGGUAAUCUUCUUCGUAACGGAGAUUUCAGUCAAAUAGAAUAUGAUGGACAACCAAGCAUUUGGAACGUUAAUGUCGGACAGGAUGAUCAUUCACGAAAUCCAAAUGAUAAAGCAAGUAAUUGGAUUGGGAUUGUAAAAUCAGGUGAAUUGAUUCAACAUCUUAGUCUUUAUGGUGAAGAAGGAUAUCCAGAUGAUCAAGCCGAAAGACGAAUUUUAUUUCUUUUGAACGAAUUGAAACUACAUCUCGAACAGUCUUAUGGUCCUUCUGGCUAUAUGCAAGAAGGAUUUAGCUAUCUUGCAUACAUAUUACCCAUUCUUGGUCCAGCUGUUUAUCUAGCAAAGCAUAUGGAAAUCUCCAUUUUCGAUGAAGCUUGGUCUCGUCCAGAUUGGCAUAACUUAGCUUUACACAUAAUUUCAUUGAGACAACAGAGAAAUUCUUUGCAAUUUGGUGUAUCAGACUCAACUUAUUCGUACAAUGGAUUUAUGCCAUUUAUUUUCAACUCUACUAAUGACACAAACAUAAAGGCUGCUCUAAAAUGGUUGUAUGAUCGUACCAUGGGAAUCAAUUCGUCUUCACCAGCAUACGACGGUAAAGAUAAAAGUGCUGCAUUGUUGUACUAUCCAUAUGAAAUAGCAGCUCAGUAUCCGAGCAUUGCAUUUCCAAGAUCAAUUUCAAUGAUUAGUGACAAAAUCGAUGGAUUCUAUGGAUUUCACAAUCGUUAUCGAGAUGAGAACGAUGUACUAAUUGCACUUAUGAAUCGAAAUAGACGUCAUAGAGGAUAG